GGUGAGAAAGGGAGGAGAAUUAGGGAACUGACAUCACUGGUCCAGAAACGGUUCAAGUUUGAGGAGAAAACUGUGGAACUGUAUGCUGAAAAGGUGCAAGAUAGGGGUCUUUGUGCCAUUGCUCAGGCAGAGUCCCUCCGCUACAAACUUCUUGGUGGUCUUGCUAUUAGGAGGGCAUGUUAUGGUGUCCUGCGAUUUGUUAUGGAAAGCGGAGCAAAGGGUUGUGAGGUAAUUGUCAGUGGGAAGCUAAGAGCUCAACGUGCUAAAUCUAUGAAGUUCAAAGAUGGUUACAUGAUUUCUUCAGGUCAACCUGUGAAGGAAUACAUUGACACUGCUGUAAGACACAUUUUAAUGAGACAA